AUGGCUAUCUCUAUGAACACAAAUUCAGAAAAGAUUCUCGAAGCGAAUUCAAGAUUACCUGAGUUUCAGCUCUUCAGAAACAUCUGCACAGAACGUGAAAAUUUCAACGAUAUGUUCAGGAUAGGUACAUCAACAGAUCUGGACCUAAGCGCUCGCACAACUUUCAAGAGACAAAAAUUGGAUCAUGGAGGUAAAGAAGUUAUGCAUCAAUACCAACAGGAAGGUUAUCAGUCGCUGCCUCCUCAAUUACUUGAUAGACAUCCUCCGAAACCUCUCAAAAAACUACGUGAUGAAACAACAAUUGAUGAUGCUUACUUGUCUCUUGGCCCACCCAAAGAGUCAGGAACAUCCAUGAGAUCAAUGGUGCAUGUAGAAGGAAACUCAAAAGAUGACCCAGGAAUGGUCAGGCAACCUCCAUCAUACCACAAAAGUUCACAUUCAUCAAGCUCUGAAAGAUCUACCUAUAAGGAUACUGCUGUAUAUCUUGUUCCAAAUCACAGUGGUCUAGCAGAAAAAGAACAUUCCCAAAGCUGGGAAAUUGGUCUCAAAAAGAAUCAAGCAUAUAUACCUAUUGCACCCCAAAUAGCCCAUACAACUGCACCAGCAUCUGCUACUAAUAUAGCCUCACAAAGGGCAUUCAACAACCUAUAUGGGUACCCAUCUGUACAAGGAAUGACAGGUAUAUCCUCAUCCAGACAGGAUCCUGAACCAAUAUCAGCAAGGAUUGAUAUUAGAGACUUCCAUUUACACACUCCUAAUAAGAUGUGUUCAGCUGCUGCAAUUCACUACACACAAGAUCUCAUUAAUACAUUAUCAAUCAGAUACUCACGUAACACUGAGAAAUAUAAAGAUCUUAGUUGGGAAGUAGGAAAGCUGAUGUGGACGUCAGAAAGAUUACUUCCAUUUGUUUACUUUGUUGUGUCUUGUAAUCCAAGUUUCAAGAUUUGGAACAAGAUCAAAAUUCUCACAGGGCUCUUUUUCAGAGCAUAUGAUGCAUGGUCCAUUGAGAAGAAUGAUCAAUUAAAUGAAGAAAAACAUACUUGUUUUCUUUUGUGGCAUACAGAAGUAAUGUAUCAUACUACAAUAUUGGAACCAAUGAUAGAAUCAUCGGAUGUACAAUUAAAGAUUCCUGGACUUUCAACACUUGCAAGAACCUUUUUGUUAGUUAUUAAUGAUGAUACCUUCAAGAGAUUCAUUUCAACUGCAAGCAGCCGAACUAUGAUAAAAAGGCAUGUUUCAGAAAGUUUUGAAGAAGAUUUCAAAGCAGGAUACCCAAGUACUAAACAUGAUCGGAGCACACAUGUUUCAACUUUGGAAAAAUGGCACAAGACAUCAAAUGAGAUCAUGAACUUAGGGAAAGAUGUAAAGUGGCCAGCAAUGUCAUACCUUGCAUGGGAUAAAUCUUCAUCAGUUCUUCUGAUAAAUGGGGAUCUUGGGCAUGAUAUUAGGUCAAGGAGGGAUCCAUCACUGUUUAACUUCUUUAAUCAAUGGGACACAGAGCUUACAAGAAUGUUAUUAUUCAUCAAAGCCUCACAACCAACCAAUCUAGCUAUACCUCAUUUUGCACUUGAAAAAAUUUGUAAAGGGAUCAAUAUAUUUGUGAAUGGAGGCUUUGAACUUAGAAAACAAAGACCUGAUGAACCCAUCCUAUAUCAAUGCGAGAUUGCGUGGACGCGGCCGCGCAAGAGGGACUUUGAAAACUUUCCUUGGAUCAAAACAGUGCAGUUCCUGAAACUGACAGUUGAAAAGCAUAAUGCAUCACUUGAGCAUUCCCCUGAGAACAAUGCGUUUGAUGAUCCGGUCCCGGAUCAAUUUCAACUCACUCUCGAGUCUCCAACGCGUCAGGGAUGGGCAAGUGGCAGCGUCUAUGCACCUAGAACGUCGCAUCUCCAUCGAACCAAACGAGCAUCUUAUGAACCAAUCUCUAUCUUGAAUUAUAUGGCGAUCUCUAUAAACACAAAUUUAGUAAACAUUCUUGAAGUGGAUCCAAGACUAGAAGACAUUCAAUCUUCCACCCAGUUGUUCGCGGAACAGGGAAAUAUCGUCGAUAUAUUCAGGACUAGUACACCAACAUAUCCGGAUCCAAACGCUUAUCCAAAAUCCAAGAGACAAAGAUUGGGAUACCGAGGUGAAGAAGUUUCAAACCAAUAUCAACAGGGAGGUAAUCAGUACUUGGAACCUCAGUCACUCGAUAGACAACCUUCAAAACCUCUGAAGAGGCUGCGCGAUGGAACGACGAUGGAUGGAGCAUCCUUAUCUCUCGGCCCGCCCAUAGAAAUAGGAUCAUCAAUGAACUCAAUGGAAAAUCUAGAGAGAAGCUCAAAAGGUGAGCUAGAGAAGGCAAUAACGCCUUUAACAGACCACAAAGAUUCACAUUCAUCAAGCUCUCAACGAUCUAUCUACAAAAACCAUAAGGAUACUGCGGUACAUCUUGUUCCGAAUCUCAGUAGUCUAGAACAAAAUGAACGUGAUAAAACUCGGGAAAUCAGCCUCAAAAUGAAGCAAAUAUCUACACCAGAUCUAUUUCGAGAAAUUUAUACAACUGCACCAGAAUCUUCUAACGAUAAGACCCCACACAGGACAUUCAACAAUCCAUAUGGAUAUUCAUUCGUACAAAGCAUGGGAAGUAUAGCUCCUCUCAGACAAAAUUAUAAACCAAGAUUAGAAGAGGUAGAUAUCAGAAACUUCCAUUCACACACUCCCGAUAAAAUGUGUUCAGCUGCUGCAAUUCAUCACACGCAAGAUCUCAUCAAUACAUUAUCAAUGAGAUACCCAAGUCAAGCUUCAAUAUACAAAUCCAUUAAUUGGGAAUUAGCAAAGCUGAUAUGGACCUCAGAAAGAUUACUUCCAUUUGUUUACUUUGUUGUGUCUUGCAAUCCAAGUAUAAAGAUUUGGAAAAAGAUCAAAAGUCUCACAGUUUUAUUCCUAAGAACUUAUGAUAAAUGGUCUUCUGAGAGCAAAUAUUUGUUUGAUGAAGAAAAACUUGCUCGUUUCCUUUUGUGGCAUACAGAGAUCAUUUAUCACACUUUACUUUUAGAACCGAUGGUUAAAUCAGCAAGUGUACAAUUAACAAUUCCUGGGCUUUCAACACUUGCAAGAACUUUUCUAUUGGUCAAUGAUGAUCAUUCCUUCAAGAGAUUUAUGACAACUUCAAAUAGUCGAUCUAUGUUAGAAAGGCAUGUUUCUGAAGCUUUUGAAGAGGAUUAUCAAGCAGGAUACCCAAUUACUAAACGUAACGAGAACAUAUAUGUUUCGACUCUGGGAAAUUGGAACAGGAAAUCAAAUGAGAUUAGAGACUUAGGGAAAGAUGUGGAUUGGCCGAGAGUACCAAAGUUUGGAUGGGAUCCAUCUGAGCCAGUUCUUUUGAUCAAUGGAGAUAUCGAACAUGACACCUUGCUAAAGUACGAUAAAAAACUUGCUAAAUUUAUCAGUGAUUGGGAGACAGACUUGGCGCAAAUGAUACAAUUUGUUAAAAUCUCACAGCCAACCAACUUAGCUCUAUCCAAAUUUCCACUCCAGAAAAUUUGCAAAGGUAUCAAUGAAUUUAUCAGGGGAACAUACAAGAAUACAAACAAAGAAUUGAACACACCAAUUGCAUUUCAUGUUACACUUUUUACUCGCUUCCUUCAUCAAGGUCUUAAUGAUGUAAAUUUUAGAAGGUUUUGGAGUUAUUUUGAAGGUGUUUUAUCUGCUAGGGCCCAAGCUGCAACUACAAAAAUGAACAUAUGA